AUGAAUGCAGCUGUGGCCGAAGCAGAGGAGCCCAAGUGGUGGCAAAGAGACACGAGCCCGAACAUGAUCGAUGUCCACUCGACUCAAGAUCGACGCCCUGAGUCGAGCCGAGGACAGGCUAGUCAUCGUAGAGUUCUACACAACAUGUGUCUGAAUUUCCUUGUUAGGACAACAUUAGUACAUUACGAUACUCUUAUCCGAGGUUGCCUAAAUCAGCUCUGCAAGACAGCCGAAGAACAUCCAGAAAUUGUGUUCUUGAAAGUGGACUACGACGAAAACAAGCCUAUGCGCAAGAGAUUGAAUGUUAAGGUUCUACCUUAA